ACAUCGCCGACGGACCGGCGCACGUACAUGUCCGCCAGGUCGUCCUCUGUGCUGCUUGUCGCUAGCUAACGUCCACUUGAGCCCUAACGGCGUCGUUUCAAACCACCGUAAUUUAAAUAUAAUUUAAACGAUGACGUCCAGAGGGACGGCGAGCCGCUUCCUGAAAAGUGUCCUUCAGAACGGCGUCGGUCGGUACGUCUGCCAGCUGAAGCGAGUCUCCAUCCGCUUCUCUAAGAAGGGCCAGAGCUCUCUGGGAGUCCGGGAGUUCAUCGAGGAGGGAGUGGUGGAUUACGCCAAGAGCAACCCUUCAACCGUGGUGUACGUGUCUCCUGAGUCGUGCCGGGUACCCAAAAUAGUCGCAGAAUACUUAAACGGCAACGUGAGGGAGGAAAUCGUCACAGGCAAAACGUCCCCGCAGAUUUCCGAGCUGUUGACCAAGCUGACCGAUCAGUCCGGCCUGGACAUCAUCCGCAUCCGCAAGCCCUUCCACACCGACAGCCCCAGCAUCCAGGGCCAGUGGCACCCGUUCACCAACCGCCCCCCCUCCAUCGGCCCCAUCGGGCCACGGUAGCGGCACGCCGAGUGAGGACCACAGCUAUGAGCUAUUUGUCAUAGUUAAUUGCUGAAUAUUAUUGCGAGACGUCCUUCUUUGGAGCCGUUCAAGUGCACCAUCUCAACAAAAUCGCAGGUCAAGUACCGUUUGCAGUCGGAUGAUUCCGCAGAAGACUCCAACUAACAGCUGAAUAAUUUCCACUGGGCUUUUUAGUCUGUUGGUGGCAGCGAAGCCUCUGUAUCUGUGCAGAAAAGUGCAAACAUCACCAGCUCUGAAUGUUGAAUAGACUUUGCAUGAAUCCACGAGAGGCUUGCCUGCUGGCACAUAAAAAAACGGCAAGAUAACUGUUUAAUGUCAAGGUUAUUUAAAGAUUCAUUGUGGAAACGUGCAGCAUGGAGCAGAUUUUAUGAAAUAAAUGUUAUUGUGAGAAUGCUG